AUGAGACCAGAAAUUGAACAAGAAUUAUCUCAUACUUUAUUAACUGAAUUAUUAGCAUAUCAAUUUGCUUCUCCAGUUAGAUGGAUUGAAACUCAAGAUGUUUUUUUAAAACAACAUAAUACUGAAAGAGUCGUUGAAAUUGGUCCGUCACCAACUUUAGCAGGUAUGGCGUCACGUACAAUUAAAGCUAAAUAUGAAUCUUACGAUGCGGCUUUAUCCUUACAUCGUCAGGUUUUAUGUUAUUCAAAAGAUGCAAAAGAAAUUUACUAUACUCCAGAUCCAGCAGAUUUAGCUCCAAAAGAACAACCAAAAGAAGAAGAAAAACAAGAAGCUCCGCAAGCUGCUGCUCCAGCUGCUGCUCAAGCUCAAGCUCCAGCUCCAGUUGCUUCAGGUCCAGUUGAAGCAAUUCCAGAUGAACCAGUCAAAGCAUCAUUAUUAAUUCAUGUUUUAGUUUCACAAAAAUUGAAAAAACCAUUAGAAUCAGUUCCAAUGUCAAAAGCUAUAAAAGAUCUAGUUAAUGGUAAAUCAACUGUUCAAAAUGAAAUUUUAGGAGAUUUAGGCAAAGAAUUUGGUUCAACACCAGAAAAACCAGAAGAAACUCCAUUAGAAGAAUUAGCUGAACAAUUUCAAGAUUCAUUUAAUGGUUCAUUAGGUAAAACUUCAACUUCUUUAAUUUCAAGAUUAAUGUCAUCAAAAAUGCCUGGUGGAUUUUCAAUUACAAAUGCAAGAAAAUACUUAGAAUCAAGAUUUGGUUUAGGUUCAGGUAGACAAGAUUCUGUUUUAUUAAUAUGUUUAACAAAUGAACCAGGUUCAAGAUUAAAUUCAGAAGCAGAAGCAAAAUCAUUUUUAGAUUCAAUGGCUCAAAAAUACGCACAACAUGCUGGUAUUUCAUUAACAUCAUCAUCUUCUCAAUCAAGUUCAAAUGGUUCAGCUGCUGUUGUUGAUAGUGCUGCUUUAGAUGCAUUAACUGCUGAAAAUAAAAAAUUAGCUAAACAACAAUUGGAAGUUUUAGCAAGAUAUUUGCAAGUUGAUCUUAAUAAAGGUGCAAAAUCAUUUAUAAAAGAAAAAGAAGCUACAAAAGUUUUACAACAAGAGUUAGAUUUAUGGGAAGCAGAACAUGGAGAAUUUUAUGCCAAAGGUAUAAAACCAACAUUUUCAGAAUUAAAAUCAAGAACUUAUGAUUCUUAUUGGAAUUGGGCUAGACAAGACGUCUUAUCAAUGUGGUUUGAUAUUAUCUUUGGUAAAUUAACAUCUGUUGAUAGAGAAACAAUUAAUCAAUGUAUUCAAAUUAUGAAUAGAUCAAAUCCAACAUUAAUUAAAUUUAUGCAAUAUCAUAUUGAUCAUUGUCCUGAAUAUAAGGGUGAGACCUAUAAAUUGGCUAAGAAAUUAGGUCAACAAUUGAUUGAUAAUUGUAAACAAGUUAUUAAUGAACAACCAGUCUUUAAAGAUGUUUCAAGAAUCACUGGUCCAAAAACAACUGUUAGUUCAAAAGGUGAAAUUGUUUAUGAUGAAGUUAACAAAGAUUCAGUUAGAAAAUUUGAACAAUAUGUUUAUGAAAUGGCUCAAGGUGGUUCUAUGACAAAAGUUCAACAACCAACUAUUCAAGAAGAUUUAGUUAGAGUUUAUAAAGCAAUUUCAAAACAAGCUUCAAAAGAUUCUAAAUUAGAAUUAGAAAAAGUUUAUGAUCAAUUAUUAAAAGUUGUUGAAUCAUCACAUGAAAUUGAAACUCAACAAUUAACAAAAGAUAUUUUACAAGCUCCAACCGGUGCAAAUACCCCUGAUGAAGAUGAAUUAUCAACUGCUUCUGAUAAUGAUGAUGAUGAAAUUGCUUCAUUACCAGAUAAAACAUCAAUUUUACAACCAGUUUCAUCAACUAUUCCAAAUCAAACAAUACCAUUUUUACAUUUACAAAAGAAAUCAAGUAAUGGUUGGGAAUAUGAUCGUAAAUUAUCAUCAAUGUAUUUAAAUGGUUUAGAAUCAGCUGCUAUUAAUGGUUUAACUUUUGCUGAUAAAUAUGUUUUAGUAACAGGUGCUGGUGCAGGAUCAAUUGGUGCCGAAAUUUUACAAGGUUUAAUUAGUGGUGGUGCUAAAGUUAUUGUUACUACUUCAAGAUUUUCCAAAAAAGUUACUGAAUUUUAUCAAAACAUGUAUGCAAGAUAUGGUGCAGCAGGUUCAACAUUAGUUGUUGUUCCAUUUAAUCAAGGUUCAAUACAAGAUGUUGAUGCAUUAGUUGACUAUAUUUAUAAAGAUACCAAAAAAGGUGGUUUAGGUUGGGAUUUAGAUGUUAUAAUUCCAUUUGCUGCUAUUCCAGAAAAUGGUAAUGGCAUUGAUAAUAUUGAUUCAAGAUCUGAACUUGCUCAUAGAAUCAUGUUGACUAAUUUAUUAAGAUUAUUAGGUGCUGUAAAAACUAAAAAACAAACUGAUACAAGACCAGCUCAAGUUAUUUUACCAUUAUCACCAAAUCAUGGUACUUUUGGUUUUGAUGGUUUAUAUUCAGAAUCAAAAAUUUCUUUAGAAACUUUAUUCAACAGAUGGUACUCUGAAGAUUGGGCAACAAAAUUAACCAUUUGUGGUGCAAUUAUUGGUUGGACAAGAGGUACUGGAUUAAUGAGUGCAAAUAAUAUAAUUGCUGAAGGUAUUGAAAAAUUGGGUGUUAGAACAUUUUCACAAAAGGAAAUGGCUUUCAAUAUUUUAGGUUUAUUAACUCCUUCAAUUGUUCAAUUAUGUCAAGAAGAACCAAUUAUGGCUGAUUUGAAUGGUGGUUUACAAUUUAUUGAAAACUUGAAAGAAUUUACUUCAAAAUUAAGAACUGAUUUAACUGAAAAUGCUGAUAUUAGAAGAGCUGUUUCAAUUGAAUCUUCAAUUGAACAAAAAGUUAUCAAUGGAGAUAAUGUUGAUUCAAACUAUAAUGCAGUUAAAGUUCAACCAAGAGCAAAUAUGAAAUUUGAAUUCCCAACUUUGAAAUCAUAUGAAGAAAUUAAAGAAAUUUCUCCAAACUUGGAAGGAAUGUUAGAUUUAGAAAACAUAGUUGUUGUUACAGGUUUUGCUGAAGUUGGUCCAUGGGGUAAUUCAAGAACAAGAUGGGAAAUGGAAGCUUUUGGUGAAUUUUCAUUAGAAGGUGCCAUUGAAAUGGCUUGGAUUAUGGGUUUGAUUAAAUAUCAUAACGGUAAUUUGAAAGGUAAACCAUACUCAGGUUGGAUUGACGCAAAAACUCAAACACCGGUUGAUGAUAAAGACAUUAAAUCUAAAUAUGAAGAAGAAAUUUUAGAACAUUCAGGUAUUAGAUUAAUUGAACCAGAAUUAUUUGCUGGUUAUGAUCCAAAGAAUAAGAAAAUGAUACAAGAAGUUGUGAUUCAACAUGAUUUAGAACCAUUUGAAUGUUCAAAAGAAACUGCAGAACACUACAAACAUGAACAUGGUGAUAAAUGUGAAAUUUUCGAAAUCGAAGAAAGUGGUGAAUACACUGUUAGAUUAUUAAAAGGUGCUACAUUAUUUAUACCAAAAGCUUUAAGAUUUGAUAGAUUAGUUGCUGGUCAAAUUCCAACUGGUUGGGAUGCUAAAAUUUAUGGUAUACCAGAAGAUACAAUUAAUCAAGUUGAUCCAAUUACUUUAUACGUUUUAGUUGCAACUGUCGAAGCUUUAUUAUCAGCUGGUAUUACUGAUCCUUAUGAAUUUUAUAAAUAUGUUCACGUUUCAGAAGUUGGUAAUUGUUCAGGUUCAGGUAUGGGUGGAGUUUCAGCAUUAAGAGGAAUGUUUAGAGAUAGAUAUGCUGAUAAACCAGUUCAGAAUGAUAUUUUACAAGAAUCAUUUAUUAAUACAAUGGCUGCUUGGGUUAAUAUGUUAUUAUUAUCAUCAUCAGGUCCAAUUAAAACUCCAGUUGGUGCUUGUGCUACUGCAGUUGAAUCUGUUGAUAUUGGUAUUGAAACAAUUUUAUCUGGUAAAGCAAAAGUUGUCUUGGUUGGUGGUUAUGAUGACUUCCAAGAAGAAGGUUCAUAUGAAUUCGCAAAUAUGAAUGCUACUUCAAAUGCUAUUGAUGAAUUUAACCAUGGUAGAACUCCAAAAGAAAUGUCAAGACCAACUACUACAACAAGAAAUGGUUUUAUGGAAGCUCAAGGUUCAGGUAUUCAAGUUAUCAUGACUGCUGAUUUAGCUAUUAAAAUGGGUGUUCCAAUUCAUGCAGUUUUAGCAAUGACAGCUACUGCAACUGAUAAAAUUGGUAGAUCAGUUCCUGCUCCAGGUAAAGGUAUUUUAACAACAGCAAAAGAACAUCAUGGAGAUUUGAAAUAUCCAUCACCAUUAUUAAACAUUAAAUAUAGAAAAAGACAACUUGAAAAAAGAUUGGAUCAAAUUAAAAAUUGGGAAGAAUCGGAAAUUAAUUACUUACAAGAUGAAGCUGAAUUAGCAAAAGAAGAUUUUGGUAAAGAAUUUUCAAAGGAAGAAUUCCUUAAAGAAAGAACUGAAGAAAUUUACCGUGAAUCAAAGAGACAAAUUUCUGACGCUAAAAAACAAUGGGGUAACUCAUUUUAUAAAUCAGAUCCAAGAAUCUCCCCAUUAAGAGGUGCAUUAGCUGCUUUUAAUUUAACAAUUGAUGAUAUUGGUGUUUGUUCAUUCCAUGGUACAUCAACCGUUGCUAAUGAUAAGAAUGAAUCAGCUACGAUUAAUAGUAUGAUGAAACAUUUAGGCAGAUCUGAAGGUAAUCCAGUAUUUGGUGUUUUCCAAAAAUACUUAACUGGUCACCCAAAAGGAGCUGCUGGUGCUUGGAUGUUGAAUGGUGCUAUUCAAAUCUUAGAAACUGGUAUUGUUCCGGGUAAUAGAAAUGCUGAUAAUGUUGAUAAAGUUUUAGAACAAUAUGAAUAUGUGUUAUAUCCAUCAAGAUCAAUUCAAACAGAUGGUAUUAAAGCUAUUUCUGUUACAUCAUUUGGUUUUGGUCAAAAAGGUGCACAAGCUGUUGUUGUUCAUCCAGAUUAUUUGUAUUCUGUUUUGGAUAAACAAACUUAUGAAGAAUAUGCUCAAAAAUUUGCAGCAAGAAAUAAAAAGACUUAUAGAUACAUGCAUAAUGCUAUUACAAGAAAUACAAUGUUUGUUGCUAAAGAUAAACCUCCAUAUGGUGAUGAAUUGGAACAACCAGUUUACUUAGAUCCAUUAGCUAGAGUUGAAGAAUCAAAAAAUCAUGAUUUAGUCUUUUCCAAAAAAGGUAUUCAAUCAAAAACUUAUAUUGGAGAAGUAGCUAAAAACACAGCAAAAGCUUUAUCAUCAUUAAAUAAAUCAUCAAAAGGUGUUGGUGUUGAUGUUGAAUUAUUAUCAGAAUUAAAUAUUGAUAAUGAAACUUUUAUUGAAAGAAAUUUUACUAAUGAAGAAAUUAAUUAUUGUAAGAAUUCAUCAAAUCCACAAGCUUCAUUUACAGGAACUUGGUCAGCAAAAGAAGCGGUUUUCAAAGCUUUAGGUGUUGAAUCAAAAGGUGCUGGAGCUAGUUUAAUUGAUAUUGAAAUUUUAAGAGAUUCAACUGGUAAACCAAUUGUUAAAUUACAUGGAGAUGCUGAAAAAGCUUCAAAAAAAGUUGGUGUUAAGAAUAUUAAUAUUUCAAUAUCUCAUGAUGAUUUUCAAGCAACUUCAGUAGCUUUAAGUGAGUUUUAA